AUGUCAGAAGCAAAACGACUACAGUAUUCUAUUGGUGAUGAAUAUUAUGGUGAAUUCAAUGAUGUUGGAGAACGACAUGGUUAUGGUGUAUAUAAAUGGUCAAAUGGUAGUAUCUAUCUUGGUCAAUGGUUAAAUAAUACAUGUACAGGUGAAGGUAUUUAUUGUGUCAGUAAUGGAGAUAUUUAUCGUGGUCGAUUUGUUAAUGGUUUACUAUAUGAUAAAGGAUCGCGUACAUCAUUUGACGGUCAUCAAUAUAUUGGAGGUUAUUUAUUUGGUCGAAGUGAAGGUCAAGGAACAUAUAUCUGGCCAAAUGGAGAUAAAUAUGUUGGAACUUGGAUAAGCAAUGAUCGUACAGGUACAGGUGUAUAUACAUGGGCAAAUGGUGAUCGAUAUGAAGGUGAAUUUUUGUGUGGAGAAUUACAUGGAAAUGGUAUUUAUUAUUCUUCUUAUGGAACAAAACUCGAAGGACAAUGGAUACAUGGAAAAUAUAUUAAAAGACUUUUUUUUACUGUAUAG